AUGUCGACGACAUCGUCAGAGAUUCAGGCGUUGGAGAUUGCUGAGAAGGUCACCUCUAUCUUCUCUGUUGUUGGCGCAGCCUUCAUCAUCUCGACAUUCCUGUCGGGCAGCAAAUUUCGCAAACCAAUCAACAGACUGGUCUUUUAUGCGGCAUGGGGAAACCUCUUUGCCAAUAUCGCGACUCUCAUAUCUAGGUCCGGCAUCAACUCGGGUGUCACGUCCCCAUUAUGCCAGUUCCAAGGCUUUCUGAUUCAAUGGUUUAUGCCCGCUGAUGCGUUAUGGACUUUUUCUAUGGCUUGCAACGUCUACCUUUCCUUUUUUCGUCAAUAUGACGCAUCCCAGCUACGUGGCCUGGAAUGGAAAUAUCUGGGAGCGUGUUAUGGCAUUCCUUUCGUUCCUGCGCUGGUCUAUCUGUUCAUCAGUUCUGGCCCCAAGGGCAAGAUCUAUGGAGACGCAGUUUUGUGGUGCUGGGUAUCCCAAGAAUGGAAUGCCCUCCGGAUCGCAGUAUUCUACGGUCCGGUUUGGGUCGUCAUCCUGGUCACCAUGUUCAUAUACAUCAAGGUCGGCAUGGUGGUAUUCCGAUGGCGCAAACAGCUGCUUUCCACGGGCCACAGUGGGCCCAAGGUUGAAACUCCACCUCAUGAUUAUGCCAUGAGAGACCUAUCGACAUCACCAGCUUCUCAGAGAAGAUAUGAGGUUACCAUUACCAGCCAGGUUCCGCACUCGCCAGAUCGCAAACGAAGCCUAAGCUCUCCUAGAAAUACCUACCUGGAGGAUACUCGACCCACAAAUCCAGGCCAUGCCCGGUACCCAUCCAUUCAGGAGGCCCAGACCAAUGUGGUUAUCGAAAGGCCACCGAUCAGAACGCUAGAUGCAAACAAGGCCACAUUGAGUUACUGCAAAACAGCUAUGUUAUUCUUCUUUGCCUUGCUCUGCACGUGGGUGCCUUCCACCAUCAACCGAGUCUAUACUUUAGUCAGACCAGGGCAUUCCGUCUUUGGGUUAGAUUUUGCAUCAGGACUGGUCCUUCCACUUCAGGGCUUCUGGAACACACUGAUAUAUAUUGUGAUGAGCCUGCCGGCUUGCAGAGCAUUAUGUGCAGAGAUCAGGGACCGCUUGUUCGGACCUGGAGCUCCUCAUCCCAAUCAAAGGAGUCCUUUCCUGACCUUACCGAAGCACAAUCGCCGCAUUCUAGGUUCCGCAGAUACGAGAGCAGACAUCUUAAACCGGUCAAUCGAUAACCUUACCUUCAAGGAUCGCCCAGUGAAACUGGACCGUGUGCUCCGACAUUGCAAGACUCUGAUGCGGGAUCGCGCAAAGACGAAAGCCCGCAAGAAAGCAAACUCGCCUAUUGUCACAGACGACGACGAUUCCUCCGAUUCUCAGAACUCCCUGCCAGUCCAAGAUAACAUGGUUCAGGCGUAUUCGAACACAGCCAAACGGCAAUCCAACAUAACUCCACAGUCAGGAAUGACAACAACUAGCGCUUUGACUCCUUCGUCUUCUGAACCAACCGAAAAUGAUGACACCUCAUACGAAAUAAUAGAUCAUGCAGACCUGAACAUCCAGACAUUGACGUCCAGCCCACCUAUUUUUCCGCCGAAAGACACAUUGAAUGUGGAAGUGAUUCUCCAUCAAACGCAGUCAUAUUACCUGAAUCACAUGGGACAGAUCCGCACACAAACAAAGGAAAUGUACAGCGUUACAGAUAGGACGAAUAUUUUCUGGUCACACGUCAAGUUUGCCAUUUAUUUUCUCAAGAGACAGUCGCCAACUCUCGCCUGGCCGCUCUUGAAUGAUGCAUGUAUGCUUAGCGGGAGAUAUGCUCUCUGA